UUUUAUUCUAAAAGUUCGGUUGAAAGUGCUUUCAUUUAUCAUUAGAAAUGUCAAGUAAAAUGAAUCUUUAUUUUAGAGAUUUAGCAAAUGAGAAGCUGUUUCUUGACUAUUGACAUUUUAUAAAGCAUUCUCGUAAAUACAAGUUGGAAGAUUUCUAACUAAAGAUCCUGAUUUUUUCAAGAUGGCCGACUCUAAGCCAAAACCGUCCCGAGCUAAAUCAACUAAAGUGAAUUUCGUGCUUUUAAAACAAAUCCUGGACAAUGAAUCCAGCGAAAAUACAGAGGUAGGAGACCAAGGAACAAUGAGCGAAGUAAGUGACAGCAAUCAAGACGAUGAAUUCACGGAAAAAGUCACAAAGAAGAAAGAAAACUUUGGUCCAACUGGACAAUACCCUGUGCUGUUUUCCAAACGUUGUAAAUCAAAAAGCUGUCAAACUAAGCUCUCAGCUUUCCCACUUUUUUCUGUCCCUGAAGAUACUGAAUGGAUAAGUGAUGAAGAAGAGAAUGGUAAAAAGAGCAGAAAUAAAUCAGAUGAAAAGAAAAAGCGAAGAAGGAGGGUUUCUUCUGAUUCAAAGGAUUUGAAAACUGGUAAAAGUCAAGAAAGAGAAAAAGAAGUAAAGAAAGAAGACAAAACUAAAAACCCUGAUGGUACAAGAAAGGAUUUCAGGUCAGAACAUCAACUUAAAGACACCAAAAAUCCUUUAUUACAAGCUUGGCUUCACCAGAAAAAUAAACUUACUAGAAAAAGAAGGAAAGAAGAAAGAAAAGUUAAACGAGCUCAGAGAGCUGCUCUUGAAGAAGAGGAACGCAUAAGAAAUGAACGGUUUGAAGAAUCAGACAAGAGAGUUAGUGAAUGGUUCAGAGCUAAAAGAAAAGAAGCCAGAAAAGUAUGGAGACAAAAUCACCCCAAGGUCUCCCCCUUAGAAAUGGCUUCAGAUGAACCAAAUACACACUCUCCCCCACCCCCCGAGUAUAGAGCUAUUAAGGGUUUUAAAAGCCAGGAACCUACUUCUAGUUCAGAAAAUUUAUUUGCAAUGAAUAAGAGCAACAAAAAUUUUGACAGCACUAACUCAAGUGUUUGUGAACAUUUAACAUCAAAGGUCAGCAAGAAUGAAUCUGGUCACUCUAGUUCUCGAUUAUCAAAGCUGCAAGAUGGUCAUCAUGAUUGUAAUGUCAAACCUGUUAGAGUUUUAACUAAAGAAGAAAGUAAUGAAGUGCCAAGGAUGACUCCACAAAGACCAAAGACUGCGCACACCAGAACAACAACAAGAAAAACUGUUGCUAGACCUAAAACUGCAGCUACGUUUGCAACAACUACACAAAAUGAGAAGCAGCAAAUCAAUAAAACAACAAAAAUGCAUAAUCUUAAUUAUGAUGAAUGGUUAAAACUUAAGCGGAAGCAGGACAAGAAGAGUAUCAUUGAAAAGAGAAGAGAAUUAAUAGAUUCUCACUUAGAUGCUGUUAUAGCAAAAUUAGGAAAACAAAGAGUCGAAAGUAUCAUGUCACCUAGGAAACGAGUAGAUACUGGGCUAAAGAACUACCAUCGCUCGGCUCCGAGGUCAGCCCCUGUUACCAAGACAAAAACAUACAAGUGGGUGCCUGAGCAUGAGUCACCACGCCCUGAACCCCAGGGAUGCGACUGCCCUGAAGUGGAGCACUUGGAUGGUAAAGACUCAGUGGUACCUUCCGACAACUUGGUUUCAUCUGGUGAGCCUUCAACCCAGGGGCUACCUAAGAAGAAACAGGCUGUCUACUUUUGUAAAGAAGUGACAGAAAAAUGUGAAGACUUAAAGCCUUCAAUGGAUAAAGUUUUAGCAGUUCUUGAUGCUGAAAUUCAAAAACAAUCCAAAGAUAAAAACACAAACAAAAAAACUCCUAGCUAUAAAGCACCAAGUGGAAUUUCUACUACAAAUGCAACAAUUAGAACUCAUGGCAGUGAAACUUUAUCAGACAUUGAUGAUUUAAGUAUUCCAGGAGUGGUUGAAUCUAGUUUAGAAAAUAAUGGUAAUAUAUCACGCCCCAAAUUUCCACGCCCUAAAUCAGCCAGGCCAAGACCACCACCACUUGUUCCUAACACAAAUUUGACCGUGGAGGAAGCAAGGAAGAAGAUCUUGCACGAUAUGGAUGUGCUGGGGCUUUGUGGAGAUUCUAGUGAAGCUGAUAAUAUCAAUGAUUCAAAUCAGACUCUUGAAAACAAGAAAAAUAAGUCAACAGUUAGAAGUAAUUACUUUGAUUAUGGUAUUGAUGUAGAAACACCAACCAUGGAAAAAAUAGAAUUAUCCAAGGGUUAGAAUUA